ACCCCUUUAAGACUCCACUGUUCUGGUCGAUAUAAAGCUAGGGCCAGAACCGAAAGCGGUUUAAAUCCCGGCAGAAUAUAAGACGUCUACAUCGAAUCCUCCCUCGAUCUCUGUAAACAUGACUGCACUCGGUCAAGCUUUGUCUAAUCUCAAACCCAUCAUGCGAAACUGCACGAUGCAUGGCAGUAGGAAUGAGGUUUCGGUACUGGUCAUCAACACCGGAGGAACAAUCGGAAUGAAGAGUCAUGGCGACGUCCUCGAACCGGAGGAUAAUGUGUUUGUGGAGGGCCUGCGAAAGCUGACCAUCUUCCAUGAUGAGCGAUAUGCCGAGGAAACGUGCAUGUAUGACUUCUACGGUAACCGGGACAAAACACUAGUCCUGCCGGCGUACAAGGACAAUAAACGGGUAGUGUACACCUUUCUAGAGUACAGCCCCUUACUGGAUUCCUCCAACAUGACGACCGAGGACUGGGCGAAAAUCGGGAAGGACAUCGAAAAAAACUACGAGCGCUACGAUGGCUUUGUGAUCCUCCACGGCACGGACACCAUGGCCUACACGGCCUCCGCCCUGUCCUUCAUGUGUGAGCACCUGGGCAAGCCCGUCAUCCUCACUGGCUCCCAGGUGCCAAUUUAUGAAUUAAGGAGCGAUGGCAGGGACAACCUGCAGGGAGCGCUGCUUAUGGCUGGUCUGUUUCAUAUUCCGGAGGUAUGCCUGUACUUCCGCAACAAACUGUACAGGGGAAACCGCGUCACCAAAGUGGACGCUGGAAGUUUCGAUGCCUUCACCUCCCCUAACCUGUCCCCCCUGGCCACCUUGGACGUGGAUAUAACAAUCAACUCGGACACGGUGUGGAGAGCCAACCGCUCCUACAAGUUCGCCGUGAAAACAGAGCUGAACCGCAACGUGGGCCUGCUGAGGCUGUUCCCUGGCAUCACCGCGGCAACCGUGAGGUCGUUCCUGCAGCCGCCCAUGGAGGGCGUGGUCCUGGAGACCUACGGCACCGGGAACGCCCCCGACAACCGCCCCGACCUCCUGGCCGAGAUGAAGGAGGCCACCGACCGCGGCGUGAUCAUCAUCAACACCACCCAGUGCCUGAGGGGCACCGUGUCCAAGGUCUACGCCACAGGCGAGGUGCUGUAUAAAGCGGGGCUGCUGCCCGGCGUGGACAUGACCCCAGAGGCGGUCCUCUCCAAGCUCUCUUAUGUGUUGGCCAUUGAAGGGCUGGACCUGCAGACCAAAAAGAAGAUGAUGGCCGAGAACCUGCGAGGGGAGAUGAUGGCAGACCUGGCGGGAGCCAAGCUCAACCUGCGUGACAGCCGCUUCAUCCAGGUCAUCGCCAAGUCGCUCAGCAUCAGCUGCAGGGAGGAGCUGGUAGCCAUCCGCGACGCCCUGACCCCCCCGCUGGCCUGCGCCGCCGCCAAGAUCGGAGACGUGGAGGCCCUGGAAUCCAUCCGGGAAAUGGGGAGUAACCUGAGUGUGGGCGACUACGACGAUCGCACACCGCUGCACAUCGCUGCGAGUGAGGGCCACCUGAAGGUUGUCCAGUACCUCCUGGACCAGGGGUCCACCAUCCACAGCCGGGAUCGCUACGGCGACACACCCCUGUGUAACGCAGUGCGCUUUAGACGCAAAGACAUUGUGAUGGUCCUGCGGAAGGGCGGAGCCCACCUGCCCCGAGAGCAGCUGGCCGUCUCGGGCACAGAGCUGUGCAGCCUAGCGGCUAACGGAGACCUGGAUGGUCUACAGAUCUGGCACCUAGCCGGGGCCGAUCUGAACACCCCCGGGUAUGACGGACGGACGGCCCUUUCAGUGGCAACGGGGGCUGGCAAGUUGGAGGCCGUCGCGCUUAUUAAUCGCCUCCUGAGUACCAGGGAUCAGAGUGGGAUCAAGCCCAGCGCCCCCCCCCGGAGGGACGCUAGACCCGGGAGGGCUCCUACGCCAGCCAGGCUCACUCACUGCCCUCCCCAGAGCGCAGCCAUCACCUCCAUUCCAAAGAUCCAGCGUGUCCUGCCGCUUCAGCGCUUCCUCGUUUCCUUUGUCACGCGCAUCUCCGUACGCCACCAAACACGACCCCCUGUGGACCUUUAUUUCUGGCUGCACUUUACCCCGAUGUUAUGUGUGUGUGUGUGUUGUUUUUUUAUGAUCAUCUAUUGUAUGUUCUUGUAAAUGUUGUUUUACCACUUGUCUGUACAAGGCAAUCAGGGAAUCUGCUGUCAAUGGCUCAAAAAGAUGAGAACUUGAUGAAGAAAUUGACGCGCUUUGUCUGGGAAUCUGUAUCCCACCUGCUGUUUAAGACAUCCGCUGUC